AUGCCCUAUGUAUGGUCCUUCUACACCCUGAGCGACUCGCUUGACGUGGUGAAGAGCCACGCCGGUCUCGAGGAAGCUUUGCGUUCUACACUGCGAUUAGAAAUACGAGAUAACAACGAUGUGCCCUGGAAAGCACAAUUAAUACAGGAGUUGGAAGAAUCCUCAAACAUAUUCAUAUUGCUGGAUGAUGAUGAACUGCGCAUUCCGGCGAUCUUGGCGUACAGUGGGGAGAGUACUGCAAUUGAUACUUUCACUGAGUGGCUUAAGUCAUCUCUUGGAUUGAUCGUUACAUCGAUAGUGCUGGAUGCAAGUACAAUGUUGCAAGUAGCUGAUGCUCUCACGGGGAAGAGCCAAACGUAUGACACCAGACUUUUCUUUGAUAUUGUCACAGAGGCGAAGAAUUUGACAAAGAUGGAAAUGGAGAUCGAUAAAGCUUCGCUCCGAUCUCUCUCUAAUUCCAGCGGUUGUUCGUACUCCGAGGGUUUGGUGUCAUUUUUAUACAACGAGACCGGUAUGCGGUUGGAACGACUGCCCCUGGCCUCGAUAUCUAUGGCAGGCAAUGCUAAAAUCUGGAGAAACAAAAUAACAACCAUAGAAGCUGAUGUCCAGGACGGUGUCCUGCAAGUGAUCCUGAAAUCCGCCCAGUACCAAUUUUGA